GGGGCACAAGCAUCUCCCGGCCAAUCAGCCGCCGGCAAUAUUUACGCCCGGGCCAAUCCCGAAGCAGCCUAGUGCAGACCGGAUUCAGGCAUUCACCCUGCGUCUCCAACCCUCAUCAGUCUGGGUCAGUCUGGGUCAGUCUGUCAGUCUGUCAGUCACUGUCGGCAUCAUGGCCUAUAAACCCCCCAUCGCCGUGGGCUCCUCGCCCAUCACCACCUCCUGACACGGUCUCUUACCAUCAUGGUUCUCAACGACACCCCACCGCCGCUGCCCCCUCGCCCAACCCCAACCCUCAACCCAGUGGACAUCGACAUCGACAUCAACAUAACCACCAAAACACCCCUCACCACAACCACCACCACCACCCCAAUCCUCAUCCACAACCAAAUCCCCUCCACCUUCCCGCGCCCCUCCGCCAUCCUCCCCAAACCCAUCGUCAUCCCCCAAACAUCCCACACCCUCCACGGCACCUGCUACCGACCCUUCCUGCGCGCCUACCCAUCAUCCCCAUCCUCAUCCCUCCCCACAACCACCACCAACAACGCACUCCCCAUCCCGCCCACCGACUUCCUCACCUUCAUCGACGCCCUCAACGAAGUCUGGCUCGCGCACCCCUACUUCCAAGUCGCCAGCACAACCGGCAACCUGCUGGGCUUCGUCCCGCUGCUGGAGUUCCAGCUCCUGGCGCUGGGCGUGCAGACCGCCGCCGAGUGCGGCGCCUUCCAACUCUCGCGGAUGCGCACCCAGGCGUACAUGCGGCUCGCCAAUGAGCAGCUGUUUGCGCCGAGGGGGCUGCGCGCGCAGGUUUUGACCACCAGGGGGAUGAUGCGUGAGGUGGGGGUUCCGGGGGAGGUGUUGGCGUUGCCGGACCUUAGGAAGGAGGAGGUUUUUGGGGAUGGGGAGGGGGAUACACAGGGGAGUACUACCAGUAGUACUACUAGUACAGUGGAAAUAGGGGGAGGGGGAGGGGGCCAUGAUCCGCAGAUGAGACGCAUGGAAGCGAUCAAGGAAUAUGUGUGUCCGGUUGUGGUGGAGGGGCGGAAGAAGAAGAAUGUGUCAGGGACUGGGGCUGGGGAGGAUGGCAAUUGGUUGAAACGGGCGGCGGAAAAGCAGGAAAUGUGGUUUACGGAGAGACAGAAUACUGGGCUGGUUGGGCGGAGGAGUAAGGCCGUCCGGGCGAUUGGGGAGGCGGAGGCCGCGGAGAACGAGCUGCUGGUGAAGAUGGAUGAGGUGGAGAUGGCCAUGGAUGAGGUGCGAGAACGCGCCAGGGAGCGCUUGCGGGGCCCGCUGGGCGAGUCGCUGCAGGGACGGGGCAUCGUGCAGGAUGAUCUGCAGAAGGAUCUGAAGAAGCUGGACAAGAAGAUGGGCAGGCUGGUCAGGGAGCGCGCGAAGAGGGUGACGCGGCGCAUGCAGCAGGGCGAGAGGCGCAUCCAGCGGGUCGAGAAGAGGGAGAAUAAGAUCGCGCAGCGGGUGAUGUGGGUGGUCGUGACGGGGGAUGAUGGGACCCGGGGGGGGGGGGGGGGGGGGUUCCGGAAUGAUCUCUACGAGGAGGAUUGA